AUGUCAUUCACCCCGCCAAUGGUAUCGAUUGCCCCGCGGACCUGGAAAAGAGAUAACAGCAAAUUCUUUAUCUCGACGGACCAAUAUUUGCUCUCGGUAAAAGCAGUCAACGAAGCCUACGGAAGGGAAUUCCUCUAUUGGGCCAAACCUUUCGAUGAGGAUGUUCUCCGCCAAAUGCUUUACGGCUGUAUGAGCUUCGGAGUCUACCAACAGAUUCCUACUGCGCAAUCACAGGAUGAGCCCGAACCCCCAUCUGCAGAGAAUACAGAACAGAUCGGAUUGGCCCGUAUGAUUACCGAUGGUGUGACAUUUGGAUACUUGACGGAUGUUUAUGUCUUGCCUGAAUACCAAGGACACGGACUUGGAAGAUGGCUUAUCGAGUGUGUGUCGGAGGUUUUUUCGAAGGAGAACAUGCCGCACCUUCGUCGCAACAUGUUGCUCACCAGCAAUGACCGGAUGCAAGAGUUUUAUGCCGAUAUAUUUGACUCAAUGAAGGUUGUGGGGCGCGAAGAGCGAAAGGACAUUGGGAAGGACUUGGUAUUUAUGUGUGCUCGACCGGGGGUCAAGCCAGAUCCUUUUACAGCUUUGGAAUAA